UGUAGCAACUUGGAAGCCACGUUUCUUCGUCGUCACUUUCCGACCACCAUUAACGAGCUGUGUCGUUUUCUUAUUGCUUUGCUUCUUUCUUUCUUUCUCUCUCUCUCUCUCUCUGUCUAAGCAAGUUAAGGGAUAUUAAUUAAAUUAUCCUUAAGCAGUGUACUAUGCAUGUAUAUAUAUAUAUAAGAGUUACGCCUUGCUUGCUGCUCACUUACAUGUACACACACUCGGACCCUGUAGAGAGAGAGAGAGAAGGCAAAGGAACAUUAAGAUAUGGAGAAGAUGAUGAAGAUGAGCGGACUGAAGCACCUGUUCGUGACGGUGUUCAUGGCCAGCUUCGGCAUGGUGCUGGUGAUUCCCGGCAUCACCGACGUCACCAUGUCGGCGCUCUGCCCCGGCCAAGACCGAUGCUCUCUCGCCAUUUUCCUCACCGGCCUCCAACAAGUGCUAAUUGGGGGAGGGACAAUGGUGAUGAUGCCACUAAUUGGGAAACUUUCCGAUGUGUAUGGAAGGAAGGCCCUGCUGACAGUACCUAUGACACUCUGCAUUUUCCCUCUGGUGGUAUUGGCGUACAGCAGGACGACCAAGUUCUUCUACGCUUACUACGUUCUGAGGACUAUCACUUCCAUGGUUAGUGAAGGCAGCAGCCAAUGCCUUGCUCUUGCCUACGUGGCAGACAACAUUGCCGAGGCACGGCGGGCCACGGCGUUUGGGAUUCUGUCGGGGUUGGGCUCAGCCGCGUUUGUGUGUGGCACUCUAACAGCUCACUUCCUCUCCACUGCUCAGACAUUUCAGGUCGCUGCAUUCAUGUCAAUGGCUGCAACAGUUUACAUGAGAAUUUUCCUCAAGGAUUCACCGCAAGAAAAUAGUGAUGAUUUGGCGCAGCCAAUCCUGAAAACUGAGGAGAAUUCUUCUUUGAAUGAGGGUGAACCAUCUAGUAGUGUACAGGCCUUCAAGAAGUUCCCAUCUGUGGGGGAUAUCAUAUGCUUGCUUAAGAGUAGAGUGACAUUUUCACAAGUUGCAAUUGUUGUAUUAUUCAACAGCCUUGCUGAGGGUGGACUUCAGUCUUCAACAAUGUACUUCUUCAAGGCCGAGUUUCACUAUAACAAAGACCAGUUUGCUGAUCUCAUGCUAAUUGGUGGUGUUGCCGGGACUGUGUCACAGCUGCUUUUCAUGCCUAUGUUGGCUCCCAUUGUAGGAGAGGAGAAGUUGUUGUCCUUAGGGCUCCUUGUUGGAGCUUCAAGUAUGCUACUAAACAGCAUAGCAUGGUCAUCUUGGGUUCCCUAUGCCCUCGGCGUGUUCUCUAUCUUUGCCGUAUUGACAAACCCCUGCUUAAGAAGCAUUGUAUCAAAGCAAGUUGGACCUAAUGAACAGGGGAUGGCACAUGGAUGCAUUUCAGCCAUAAGUUCGUUUUCCAACAUUCUGUCUCCCUUUAUAUUUAGUCCUCUAACAGCAUUGUUCCUGUCCCAGGGAGCACCAUUUCAUUUCCCUGGCUUCAGUCUAAUGUGUGCUGGCCUUGCAACGAUGAUGGCAUUCAUAGUGAGUUUGAUGAUAAGAGCUGCCCCUCCCGUUCCAAGCAACGCAGGCAGCGACAGCGAAUGCAGGGAGGCGUAGUAGUAGCGCUGGAUAAAUGGCCAAACAUUCUCAGCUCAGAUCCUAGAAGAAACCACCAACCAAACAGCAAGAGCCAAGGGAAAUCAUUUUGCAGAGUUGUGUAUAUCUUGCUAUGCCAGAGAGAGUCAGCUUAGGGCCGACUAUUUUUUUCACUUUUUUGAAGCUCAUAGCAGUUUAUUAUUAGAAUCAAUUCAAUCUAGCUAGCAGUGGAAAGUUCAUCCUUAGUGCCAGAAGAGAAACGUUUAUCUGUAAGUAUAGUCAUUCAGUCAUGUGGGGGGUUGAGUCGGCAAUAGCCAUUCAAUCUUUAGCAAUAGAGAAGAUGUUAUCAUUAGGUAUCCUCACUGUGAGGAGAAUGUACAAUUCAACUACUUGGUUAGAAUGUGAUAUUCAACUGGAUCAGCAGCUUAUUGAAUGUGUCUAUUUCAUGAAUCGAAACUCAAAAAUACUGCUAA